AUGAAUGAGGUUCUUAAGACAGGGGUUUGGACGCAAGAUGAUUGGGGUAUGGUCAUGGAUAAAUGGGUUGAAAAUCCCCCUCCAGAGUAUUUGAUGUUUCUUCCGGUAUGGAUUCGGCUGCGCAACAUCCCGGUUAAUCACUAUACUAAGGAUACAAUUUCAAGGUUUGCGGAGUAUGUGGGUCGCAUACUAGAUUUUCCAUUUGAUGUGGAGGAAGCUCAAAGUAAAGACUAUGUACGGGUUCGGGUUCUUUUAGAUGUAUCGAGGAGGUUGAGAAAUUCUAAAGGGCUUCAAUUACCAAACGGGUCAGUAGUUUCAGUUGGAAUUGAUUAUGAGCGAAUCCGUAAAAGAUGCUUUCAGUGUCAAAGAAUGACUCAUGAUAAAACUUGCUGCCCUUUCACUACUAAGAAUCCUAUAACUCCGUUGGGUGAGAAUAUUGCUGACUCUACUAAUGAUGCAAGGCAUGGAAAAAGUUUAGAUCUUCGGUUCAAGAUGUUAAUUCUUCCGUUGUUCAAACAACAAAGGUCUUAG